UUAAUUUAUAUAUUUUUUAUAUGCAUUUGUGAGAAUUUGCUCAAAGAGGGUUCAUUUUAAUGUUAUAGAUACAGAAUUUUGGACCCUUUUGGGAGAUUGGAGAUGAGGUUGUUUUUGUUUUUGCUGUUGUUGGUGCUGUAGUAAUUGUGUGAUUUGAAACUGUUUGUUUUUGUGUCAAAAAGAAUAUAGUGUGGAGACUUGGCUUUUUUUAAAUGGGAAAUCAUUGUGUUGCAAGGCCUUUAAAGGAUUGUAUUCAUCAACCAAUUUCGAACUCACUUUGGUGGUCGAAAUCAACAUUUGAAUUCAUAUAUCAUCCCAAGAAAAGAAGAGUUAAAAAAAAAUCUGUGACUAAAGAAUCUGAAGACCAUAGUGAUAAUUCACAGAAGCCUCCAUCACCAAUGAAGAUAGUUAAAGAAGCUAACUUAGAGGUUAAGCAACUGACUAAGAAAUCUAUGCAAAAGACUUCAAUAAAGAAGCAGGAUCAUGAGAAUAUUAGGCCUGAUGAUCCUGCAAAACCAAAGAGGCCUCACAAAGUGAGGAGAAUGGCGAGUGCAGGGCUUUGCACAGAUUCAGUUCUGCAAACGAAAACAUGUCACCUGAAGGAGCACUAUAACUUGGGGCAAAAGCUAGGAAGUGGACAAUUUGGGACUACUUUUCUCGUUACAGAGAAAGGGACUGGAAAAGAGUAUGCUUGCAAGUCAAUUGCAAAGAGGAAAUUGCUCACAAUUGAUGAUGUGGAAGAUGUGAGGAGGGAAGUUCAGAUCAUGCAUCAUUUAGCAGGUCAUUCUAAUGUGGUUACAAUCAAAGGGGCUUAUGAGGACUCUGUCGCUGUUCAUGUUGUGAUGGAGUUGUGCCAAGGUGGGGAGCUAUUUGAUAGGAUUGUUCAGAGGGGGCAUUAUACUGAAAGAAAAGCAGCUCAACUAGCUAGGACUAUAGUUGGUUUUGUAGAAACCUGCCACUCUUUAGGGGUUAUGCAUCGUGAUCUUAAGCCUGAGAAUUUCCUGUUCGUCAAUGAGGAGGAGGAAUCACCUCUCAAGGCAAUAGACUUCGGAUUAUCAAUAUUCUUCAAGCCCGGGGACAUUUUUACUGACGUGGUUGGAAGUCCAUAUUACGUCGCACCUGAAGUGUUGCGCAAGCAUUAUGGUCAAGAAGCAGACGUUUGGAGUGCUGGUGUCAUGAUUUAUAUUCUAUUAUGUGGUGUUCCUCCAUUUUGGGGUGAAACUGAGAAUGAGAUAUUUGAAGAAGUUCUGCACGGUGACCUUGACUUCACAUCGAAUCCCUGGCCUAGUAUCUCUGAAGGUGCAAAAGAUUUAGUUGGGAGAAUGCUUGUUCGAGACCCCAAAAAGCGGUUGACGGUACAUGAAGUUCUGUGCCAUCCUUGGGUUCAGGAAAAUGGAGUUGCUCCAGACAAGCCUCUUGAUUCUGCUGUCUUAACCCGCUUGAAGCAGUUUUCUGCUAUGAACAAGCUAAAGAAAAUGGCUCUAAGAGUAAUUGCAGAGAGCCUCUCAGAGGAAGAAAUUGCUGGACUAAAAGAAAUGUUCAAAAUGAUUGACACAGACAAUAGUGGUCAUAUCACAUUUGAAGAACUUAAAAUUGGUCUGAAAAGAUGUGGUGCUAAUCUGGAUGAGUCUGAAAUCCAUAAUCUAAUGAAAUCUGCUGAUGUUGACAACAGUGGCACGAUCGAUUAUGGAGAAUUCAUCGCCGCAACAUUGCAUUUAACCAAAGUCAACCAGGAAGAUCAUCUCUUUGCAGCAUUUUCAUAUUUUGACAAAGAUGGCAGUGGCUAUAUCACUCCAGAUGAAGUUCAACAAGCCUGUAAGGAAUUUGGAGUAGAUGAUACUCACUUACAAGAUAUGAUUGGAGAGGUUGAUCAAGAUAACGAUGGGCGAAUAGAUUACAGUGAAUUUGUGGCUAUGAUGCAAAGGAGCAACAGUGAAUUGAGCAAGAAGAGUGAACAUAGUAGAGGCUUUGGCAUUGGAUUUAGGGAGGCAUUACAAGUUUGUUGACAAAUUUAGUGAGGUUUCUUUUUUCAUUAUUACUUUUAGGUUGAUUUUCAGGAUCAUAAUCAACACUUUUCAGGUUUAGAAUUUUUAGUGCCAGGGAAUAAUAGAUUCAUUUAGCCAUCUAAUGUACAUACAAAUUCUUAUGUCAUAUGCAAAUGAAAUAUUUGAUUAAGUGUA